CGCCGGGAGGAAAUGAUGCGCCGGUGCCCGGUUCAUUCCAGCACCCGACGCCCAUUGGCGGAGCGGGGCGCAGCCACUUCCUCCCGCCGCCCCCCCCCCACGGCCGCCGCCGCCGCUGCCGGGAACUUCGCGGCUCGCGCCUCCGCCAACUGCCGCCGCCCCCCGCACCCGCGACAUGCGGCGGCGACAGCGCAGCGGCCCCACGGCCCCGCGCUAGCUCGGCGCCCCGCCGCGGGAGGGAGGCGCCCGUCUCGGCCUGCGGGGCCAUGCGGAGAAUGGUUUGCCACCAGUUCAAAAAAGCAAGCAAGCAAACAAACGAACAAAAGCCUACCCACCAGUCCUGUCUCUUGUCUGUUGCAACUGCACCCCAUUCUGCAUCAGUGCAGUGAAGAAAGCAAAGAAUUAAGAUCUAUAAUGAUACAUGAAGUUAUGAUUCUUCCUGUUCUGAUGAUGAUGGCUUUUCCCUCACCCAGUUUCGAAGAUGAUGAGCUGAAGCUAAACAUGGUCCCCUACGAAUGUGUGUGUGAAGGCAUGUCCUGUGGGGCUGAAGAUCGCUGCCGGGGCCAGCAGUGCUUUUCCUCCCUCAGCAUAAAUGAUGGCUCUAAAGUAUACCAGAAAGGCUGUUUCCAAGUCUACGAACAAGGGAAAAUGACAUGCAAGACACCCCCAUCUCCUGACCAAGCUGUUGAGUGCUGUCAGGGAUACUUGUGUAACAUGAAUAUCACAGCACAGUUGCCUACUAAAGGGCAAACUCUUCAGGGAGAAGCUGUGGGUUACACUGUGGAAACACUAAUCCUUGUUAUUCUGGCUCCAGUACUAGUGCUGAUAAUCUUUUCUGUGGUAGCUGUGUUGAUCAUCAGAAAAAUCCAGAAACACCAUAUGGAAAGGCUCAAUUCCAGAGAUGCAGAGUAUGGCACAAUUGAAGGACUCAUUGCAUCAAAUGUUGGAGACAGUACAUUGGCAGACUUACUGGACCAUUCCUGUACAUCUGGCAGUGGCUCUGGUCUUCCUUUCCUGGUGCAAAGAACAGUGGCUCGUCAGAUUACACUUGUAGAAUGUGUAGGAAAAGGCCGAUAUGGAGAAGUCUGGAGAGGGCAGUGGCAAGGAGAAAAUGUUGCAGUGAAGAUCUUUUCUUCCCGAGAUGAAAAAUCCUGGUUCCGGGAAACUGAACUGUACAACACUGUAUUACUGCGGCAUGAAAAUAUUUUAGGUUUUAUCGCUUCAGAUAUGACCUCCAGAAACUCCAGCACCCAGUUGUGGUUAAUUACACACUAUCACGAAAUGGGGUCUUUGUACGACUAUCUACAGCUUACAACGCUUGAUACUGUCAGCUGCCUACGAAUAGUUCUGUCCAUAGCCAGUGGUCUUGCACAUUUGCACAUAGAGAUAUUUGGGACACAAGGGAAGCCUGCUAUUUCCCAUCGGGACUUGAAGAGCAAAAACAUCCUUGUUAAGAAAAAUGGACAAUGCUGCAUAGCAGAUUUAGGUCUUGCAGUUAUGCACUCCCAAAGCACUAAUCAGUUGGAUGUGGGGAACAACCCUCGUGUGGGUACCAAGCGUUAUAUGGCUCCAGAAGUGUUGGACGAAACCAUCCAAGCAGACUGUUUUGAUUCUUAUAAAAGGGUUGACAUCUGGGCUUUUGGACUGGUUCUCUGGGAAGUUGCCAGACGUAUGCUUAGCAAUGGUAUUGUAGAAGACUAUAAACCACCAUUCUAUGAUUUGGUUCCUAAUGACCCAAGUUUUGAAGAUAUGAGAAAAGUGGUCUGCGUAGAUCAGCAAAGGCCAAACAUUCCCAACAGAUGGUUCUCAGACCCAACGUUAACAUCUCUUGCCAAACUGAUGAAAGAAUGCUGGUAUCAAAACCCAUCAGCAAGACUAACAGCCCUGCGAAUCAAAAAGACUUUGACCAAAAUUGAUAAUUCCUUAGAUAAGCUGAAAGCUGACUGUUGACACUUUUUUUUUUCAUGGAGCAAUCCUGAUGGAAGGCUUUUGUCUGGCUCAGAAGUAUUCUGACCUGACAAGUUUUAGAAUGGGUUCCAAAUGGCUUCUUUAUAGUGGCAGAAGUUCUUACCUAGCCAUCUGUUUGGGAGGCAGUGGAACCAUAAGAACUUUUGUUCAUUGACUUUAAUGGGCAUUUCACGAAUGGUCAAGCUAUACAGACUCAUGGUGGAAGUACUGUUUCAAAGGUAGUGGCCUGAAGGAAGACAGAGAAAUUCUAAGACAAGAUCAGGGCAUUAAACAAUGGUUUUAAUAGACUUUUUUGUUUGUUUUUAUUCUUUGUUUUUUUUUUAUGUCUCCUAGUCACUCCCAGGGUAAACACAUGGAAGUGGUAAAUUUUAAUCAGCAAUAUUGCCUGUGCUUCUCUUCUUUAUUGCACUAGGAAUUCUUUGCAUUCCUUACUUGCACUGUCACUGUUAAUUUUAAAGAUAUGAAUUGCCAAAAAUAUGAUUGGUUAUGUACUCCAUUGAUCUAUGCCUGAAAUAUAGGAAAUCAAUUUGGCAAACUGAAAAAGUAACUGUCAGAUUUUUUUUUAGCUGCAUUUUACAUGUGUACUGAAGUUUACAGUAAUGCUGAACAUUAGGAAAUUCUCGUUUAUACAAAACUUGCAAAUUAUUUAUUACUAGUGCACUUGUCAGUUUUUAAAAAAGCUGAAAUGAGUGCAUAAAGUUAAAGCUUAUUUUUAUGUGGCCUCUUUCAUGAUUUCUUACACAAAUCUUUUUGUAACACAAUAUAACCUGGCACAGAAUUUGUUUUCUGUAUCAUCAUAUUACAACUUGAUAGUCACAUUUUAAGUGCUUCACAUUUGUAGGUGUGUGGUCUGUAACAAAUAUUUUCAGUUCAAAUGGAGAACAUAUAUAGAUAGCCAUUACCCACAUGACACUGCAUCUAGUAUCCUACUGAUCUAGAAAUGAAAGCAAUGGAAGACGUCAGUAGAGUUUUAGGUCACGAAUGCCAUGGGGAAAAUGCAUUUUUCUUCUAAGCUAUAUAAUGUGCAUUUAAACUCUGCCAGAAAAAAUAACUAUUUUGUUUUAAUCUACUUUUUCUAUUUAGUAGUUAUUUGUAUGAAUUAAAUAGAAUGUUUUCAAGCCAAACAAACAA